AUGUCAUCAACUAUUGAUGACAAAAUUGAUCGAUUUUGUACUUAUAUAUUACCUCAAAAACAUAAUUGUAUCAGAAAACUCAUUGUUGACGCAACAUAUAUGGAACGUAUUCUUCUUGCUGGUGAUUAUCCAAAUUUGACUUAUUUGGAACUUUUCAAUUUCAAGGAGGAGAUAGUUUGUCAUUUUACAGAUAAAUCACCAUUUCAACAUAUUUUUCAACAUCAGAUAACAGAUCUUAUUCUUCAUAAUAAUGAUCAAAAUCGUGUUGGAACAUCAUUGACGAUUUAUAAUAGAAAUAUUUAUGCACACAUCAUAGAUCUCUUUCAAAAUCUACAGCAUUUAACAAUUAUUACAUCAUCAUCUGUGGACGAAUAUCCACCUUUUUUCUUAUCUUGGUUGCCAUCAACUACAUAUUUCACUUCAACACUUACUACUUUAUGUAUUAAUGUGUUUAGUUUUAAUGAUUGUGUCUCUUUACUUGAUGGUCGUCUCAAACAACUAACUACAUUCAACGUUCAAUUUUAUGCUAUCUUCCCGUAUUUGUUGAUCCCUACUAGUAUAGUGAGUUGA